AUGAUCUCCCUUAUUUUUGUAAGCGAUUCGUUUCUUUUGUCUAAUUUCUUAUUUCUUUUGCAUAUUUAUUCGUUCCUAUUUCUUUCGUUCUUUCUUUCUCUUACUGUUUACUAUUAUUUAUUUAUUUCUCUUACGUCUUUCUAUUAUAAUGUUUUCUUUAUUACUUUUGUUCUUGCUUUCUUUUCUCGGUCAGUCUUGAACAUUUUCUUGCUACUUUACUUUUUCCUUUCUAUCGUUCUUUUUUUGACAGUUUCCAUUACUUUUUUCUUUCUUACUUUCUUCCUUUUAUUCUUUCUUGUAUUCUUUCUUUCUUUCUUUUUUUGUUCUUUCGUUUAUUACUUCAUUGUUACUUCUGUUCUUGCUUUCUUUCCUUGUCUUCAAUAUUUUCUUGCUACUUUACUUUUCCUUUCUUUCGUUAUUUUUUGUUUCCUUUCUUUCGUUGUUUCUUUCUUUCUUUUUCGUUCAUUCUUUCGUUAUUUUUUGUUUCCUUUCUUUCAUUCUUUCUUUCGUUUUCUUUCUUUUCUUUUUCGUUCAUUUUUCGUUUUUUUGUUUCCUUUCUUUCAUUCUUUCUUUCGUUGUUUCUUUCUUUCUUUUUCGUUCAUUCUUUCGUUAUUUUUUGUUUCCUUUCUUUCAUUCUUUCUUUCGUUGUUUCUUUCUUUCUUUUUCGUUCAUUCUUUCGUUUUUUUUGUUUCCUUUCUUUUCAUUUCUUUCUUUCGUUGUUUCUUUCUUUCUUUUUUUCGUUCAUUCUUUCGUUAUUUUUUUGUUUCCUUUCUUUCAUUCUUUCUUUCGUUGUUUCUUUCUUUCUUUUUCGUUCAUUCUUUCGUUAUUUUUUGUUUCCUUUCUUUCAUUCUUUCUUUCGUUGUUUCUUUCUUUCUUUUUCGUUCAUUCUUUCGUUAUUUUUUGUUUCCUUUCUUUCAUUCUUCCUUUCGUUGUUUCUUUCUUUCUUUUUCGUUCAUUCUUUCGUUAUUUUUUGUUUCCUUUCUUUCAUUCUUCCUUUCGUUGUUUCUUUCUUUCUUUUUCGUUCAUUCUUUCGUUAUUUUUUGUUUCCUUUCUUUCAUUCUUCCUUUCGUUGUUUCUUUCUUUCUUUUUCGUUCAUUCUUUCGUUAUUUUUUGUUUCCUUUCUUUCAUUCUUCCUUUCGUUGUUUCUUUCUUUCUUUUUCGUUCAUUCUUUCGUUAUUUUUUGUUUCCUUUCUUUCAUUCUUCCUUUCGUUGUUUCUUUCUUUCUUUUUCGUUCAUUCUUUCGUUAUUUUUUAA